CUUCCACAGGGUGGUCCAGGCGGUUCCAGCACUGGAUUUGGAAACUUUGAGGAAAUCGGGCCCCUCGACAGUCAUCUCAAACCACGAAAAACCACCUGGCUCCAGGCUGCCAGUCUCCUCUUUGUGGAUAAUCCUGUGGGCACUGGCUUCAGUUAUGUGAACAAAAGCAACGCGUAUGCAAAGGACCUCGCCACGGUGGCUUCUGACAUGAUGGUCCUCCUGAAGACCUUCUUCAGUUGCCACAAAGAAUUCCAGACGGUUCCAUUCUACAUUUUCUCAGAAUCCUAUGGAGGAAAAAUGGCUGCUGGCAUUGGUCUAGAACUUUACAAGGCCAUUCAGCAAGGGACCAUCAAGUGCAACUUUUCUGGGGUUGCGUUGGGUGAUUCCUGGAUCUCCCCUGUUGAUUCGGUGCUCUCCUGGGGACCUUACCUGUACAGCAUGUCUCUUCUGGAAGACAAAGGUCUGGCAGAGGUGUCCAGUGUCGCGGAGCAAGUCCUGGAUGCUGUAAAUAAAGGGUUCUACACGGAGGCCACCCAGCUGUGGGGGAAAGCAGAAACCAUCAUUGAAAAGAACGCAGAUGGGGUGAACUUCUAUAACAUCUUAACUAAAAGCGAUCCCACGUCUGCCAUGGAGUCAAGCCUAGAGUUCACCCAGAGUCAUUUAGUCCGUCUUUUUCAACGCCACGUGAGACACCUACAAGGAGAUGCCUUAAGUCAGCUCAUGAAUGGCCCCAUCAGAAAGAAGCUCAAAAUUAUCCCUGAGGAUAUCUCCUGGGGAGCCCAAUCUUCUAGUGUCUUCCUAAACAUGGAGGGGGACUUCAUGAAGCCGGUCAUCAGCAUUGUGGACGAGUUGCUGGAAGCCGGGGUCAACGUGACUAUAUAUAAUGGACAGCUCGAUCUCAUUGUGGACACCAUCGGACAGGAGGCCUGGGUGCGGAAGCUGCAGUGGCCAGAACUGCCCAAAUUCAAUGAGCUGAAAUGGAAGCCCCUGUACAGUGACCCUGAAUCCUCCGAAACAUCUGCUUUUGUCAAGUCCUACAAGAACCUGGCUUUCUACUGGAUUCUAAGAGCUGGUCACAUGGUUCCUUCUGACCAAGGGGCCAUGGCUCUGAAGAUGAUGAGGYUGGUGACACAGCAGGAGUAGGAAGUACCGAGCUGAGAGGAGCUGGCGUGGCCUGGAGGCGCUGGAGCGAACCGAGGACUGGAGGAAGCUGUGCUCCUCCCUGAAUCUAACUCAGGCUGGGAUUGUGAAGGCCCCUACCAGCUGCCGAGGCCUCGGGCAGCUUGGGAAUCAUUUCUGCUUCUUAAAAAACAUUUUUUUAAUGGAUUUGUUCUUAUCAAAGUGAAGGAUUGUCAUAGAUUGACUUUUUCUGAUUGCAAAAUCAAAGGAUAUGAUUUGUUUUUUAAAAAAGGUGGGAAAUACAGUUAAGCAAAGAACAAAAGAAAGACUCAUACCCUCCCUUUCCAGGGGUAAGCACUGCUACCAAUUCAGUAUCUAGCCUCACAGGUAUUUUUUGGUUACAUAUAUAGACAUUUAUAUUUUUUACAAAAAUGGAAUCAUGGCUAUAUUGUUAUUUUACCAUCUCCUGUGUUCAGAGAUCAAUAUGUCCUAAACACCUUUUAAUGUCAAUAAAUUCUUCUGUGACAUUUUUAA